AUGAACGAGAAUAAUUCGAAGCCUGCUCAGUCGCGAGGGCGUCAUCGGCCAGGCGCAUUUCGAAGUGUUACUGCAAGAGAGUAUCCGCAAUCACAAAGAGCAGAUGCGGACCCUGCACUACUCUACCCUCAGAUGAGCCCGUACGACGAUGCACAGAGCUCAUACAGCGCACCGGAUGAGCUGUCUCUUGCUCCGCGAGCAGUCUCACAGCCUAGUUCUGCGAGCCAUUGGCAGACCUCCUUCUAUAUGUCAGACACUGAGGAUGACCUUCCGCUGACUAUGUUACCACGAACACCAACCUAUCCGCCUUCUGGCGGGAGACGAGCGCGAGGCGCGGCGAGCAAUGUAGAGGCGACCUUCACGGACGAGGAAGAAUUCCACCUUUUCGUGCAAGCUACUGCCGGUCUUGGGCCGGAGCAAGCCUUCAGAAGCCCUACCUCGCCAGAAGAAUCGCCUCGAAGAAGUCGUGCCACAGGAGCCAGGCCGUUCUCGACACCUCAAGCUCCAGUAUCCACCGACCUGGUCUCGCCUAUUCAAGAAACGCCCACGACUAUGCACGCUCUGCGACAACUCGCACAAAUGCCUCACGAUCCACGAAGACCUGCACCAGUGAGGCUAGACGCAGGGCAAUCGUUCGCGGCGCAAAGGUUAGACACGGCGAUGGGUGGUAUUGAUUUGUGGUUGCAGCCGCCGAGUGCUGUGUCAGAGGAAGAUGACGUCGUCAGUCCCAUCGACAAUGAACUUCCAGAUUACGCAGCAAGCCAGGCCCAGGCUCAAGCAGCGCAACGAGCGGAGGCUACGCGACGAGCGCAGGAACUUCAGAGGAGGUGGCAGUUGAGGUCGGGUUGA